AUGCCGCCUUCCAAGUGGGAUGAGGAGGAUGAGGAGAGUGUUUCGCCUCCCCCUGUUGCCCCUCGCCGCCGAUUCGACGAUGAAGAAGAAGAAGACGUCCUUGACUCGUGGGACGCAGCCGAGGACUCGGAGGUAGAGCGCGAGAAGGCGAAGAAGGCCGCCGAGGCUGAGGCCAAGGCCAAGGCUGCCGCGGCUGCGAACAAGAAGUCCAAGGCGCAGCGGAUAGAAGAGCACCGUGAGCAGCGGAGGCGGGAGGCUGAGGACAGCGACAACUACGACUCCGACGAGACCGAGGCCGAGCGCCGUGAACGCCUGCGCCGCACCGAGCAGGAGGCCGAUUUGCAGCACGCCUCCGAUCUGAUCGGCGACAUCGACCUGAAGCGCAACCGCGGUGCUCCCAAGGCUAUCGUCGUUACCGAUAGCAAAGACCCCACAAACUCUAUCGACCUGUCUGCCAUGCCCCUGUUCAAGCCCACCACCAAGGACCAGUUCACCCAGCUGAGCGACGUUCUCAUUCCCCUCAUUACUCCGCAGUCGAAGAAGCCCCAGUAUGCCCUCUGGGCUCAGGACUUCACCCGCAGGCUUGUCAAGGAGCUCCCCAGUUCCGAGAUCAAGAAGAUUGCUAGUGCCCUCACCACCGCUAGCAACGAGAAGAUGCGCGAGGAGCGUGCGGCUGACAAGGGCAACAAGAAGACCAAGGCUGCCAAGACCAAGAUCUCCCUCAAUGCCAACCGUGACAACCAGAUCGACAACAACAACUACGAUAACGACGACGGUCUUGCCGAUGAUGACUUCAUGUAA